AUGCCUCCAUCUACGAAACGCAUACAACGAUCGCGGCGUAAUACACACCAGGCCCAAUCCCCUCCAGAAAGGCCCGAAGAACCUUCGCCAACCCGCCCUUCAAAGCGUCGCAAGAAGGCUCCAGAACCUCCCGCCUCCGAACCCGCCGAGGACGACGAGUCGACUCUCACUGCCGACCCCUCUGGUCCCAGCAACUCGGACGACCAACUUCUCUCGCAGGUUGUCCAGCAUCUAGUUUAUCCCAAAGAGGGCCCCAUACAAGCCAGUAAAGAUCAUGCAAAUGUCAUCCAUGAGGCCAACCAAGACGGCGUCAAGGCUUAUGCCAAGAUCGCCGCCCAGGAUUGGACCUUCUAUGUCACCAAGCUCAACGUCAAUAUUGGCCGAGCCGCGGAUCCCGCCGCCUCGGGCACUCAACAGCAGGAGGACCCUGAGUCCGACGACUUUGUGCAUAUAGAUCUCGGUCCCAGUAAGCUCGUCUCUCGACGCCAUGCACGUAUCUUCUUCAACUCGGAAGACGAGUCUUGGUUCCUUGAGGUUAUCGGCCGCAACGGUGUCAAAGCCAACAAUAGUCCUUUAAAACAAGGCACUUCCCGUCCGCUCCAGAGCGGCGAGGUGCUAGAUGUUGGCGGUACGGAGAUGAUGUUUGUCUUGCCCACAGAAAUCAGCACCCUCCACAUCCAUCCGAUUUACCUCAAGAGACUCGGUAUACCCAAGCAAGACGUGACAAGUCCCAUUCCACCACCCUCAGCUGCAGGCCCCUCAGACGAACCACCUUCAUCACAGCCAGUCUCUUCUGGAAGAUCACAGCCCUUUCGUCAACCUAUCGCGCCUGCGCCUCCCGACUACAAGCGUCCCGGCACACCACCGUCGGCACGAAGCAAGGUUCUGUCUGCGCAGCACAAGUCGCCUGGCUACUCCAGCUCAGGUACUCUAUUGCUGAGUGCCAACGAUGUGGACCUCAGCCAGGAUGACAACAGGCACAUUAAACCGCAGUUCAGCUAUGCGCAAAUGAUAACUCAAGCUAUCAUCAACACACCAGAUGGAAAGCUCAAUUUGAACGGGAUCUACAAUUUCAUCACUGCAAAUUAUGCCUACUACAGGCACCAGCCCGCAGCCGGCUGGCAGAUCCAUUCGUCAUAA